AUGGCCGCCGCAAAAGAAUAUACUGAUGAGCAACUAAACUAUUACAAGAUUUGUCACGUCACAACUGAUAUCCUAACCGAAGGUUUACGAAAAAUUUUCAAGCAUGAAUGGGACAGUCGUUACGGGACGACUCUUGGAGAAUGGAAAGAUUAUCCUAGUAACGGGAAAGACUUUUACAGUAACGAGUCCCCGCGAAACCAAAGGAGGAACAAGCAUAUGUUGUCGACCAUGAUUAAAGGUAAUAGAGUGGAAUGGGAUUGUACCAUGUUGUUUUACGCCAUUCUCUACUCAGAUUGCAUCUACAGUCUAAACGCGGUGGUGAGAACGAAUGUCGACGAUCUCAGAAAAUUUCGCAAUGAAGAGUUUGCUCAUAUGCCACAAGGUCAACUUUCGGAGUUAGACUUUAAAAUUGCCAUUGGCAAAGUUUUUGCUGCAUUCCAAGCACUAGGUCUUUCCACUGUAGAAAUUCAAGACCUCACAAACCAAAAGACGUUUCCGACAGAGGAGGUAAGAGAUCUCUUAGACAAAGUGAAAGUUUUAAAGAAAGACUUGGACAUCAAAGAGAAAGAUAACAAGGACCUGGAAGAUCAGCUGAAGACGACAGAGAGUCAGCGCCGGGAUCUGGAAGAUCAGCUGAAGGAAACAAGAAAACAACGAAUUUGUCUUGAAGAUCAGCGCAAGGAAACUGAAAAACAACUACAAGCUCUUAAAAAUGAGAUUAACGAAACAGAAGAAAAACGAAUGGGCCUUGAGGAUCUCUUAGAAAAAAAAGAAAAUGAGCUAAAAGAAACAGAAGAAAAACGCAGGAACCUUAAAGAUCAGCUCAAGACAACAGAAGAACGACAAAAGAACCUUAAAAAUAGUUUAAAGGAAACAGAAGAGAGACGAAAGAGCCUUGAAGAACAGUUACAAGACAAAGAAAAACAACUGAAGAACCUUGACGAUCAGCUGGAGAAAUCUGAACUUCUACGACAGGUUCUUUCAGAACAACUACUGAACGACACCUCCCCGUUUUGCAUUCUCCCUCCUAAACCUUCACACGACAUAGCAAGUCGUGAUGUUGAGGUUGCUAACAUCACUAACCAGCUGCAGGAGCUGAAGGGAGCUGAUGCGAGCACUUUAAGUAUCUUGUAUGUAUCCGGAAAUCCUGGAAGCGGUAAAUCCCAACUGGCAGGUCUUGUAGCCGAGAGAUUUUACGAGAAAGCCCAAAAAGAUUCCUUCUCUAAAGUUUUUGUUAUGACAUUGAAUGCCGAGACGCUAGGCACACUUUCAGACUCUUACAUCACGUUCGCUCGACAAAUGAAGUGCCCCGAAGAUGCGAUUACACAAAUCCAAAUCUCCAAAGAUUUGAAGACAGAGGACAAGAUUAACAGCCUGAUAUCCUUAGUCAGCUCAAAGAUCGGUCAGUAUGAGUCCUGGCUUCUGUUGGCUGACAACGUGAAAAGCUUAUCUGAAAUGUAUGUUCAUUUACCCCAGCAAGGACACGGACAAUGGGGAAGGGGGUAUCUGUUGAUCACAACCCAAGAUAGUCCAUGUAUACCGUUAACAAGCACUUCCAUUCGACACAUCUCAGUCAGCGAGGGUAUGCAGUCCCAAGAGGCGUGUUCUUUGUUAGCCCUUAUUUCUGGUAUCAGCGAUAGUGAGAUAGGAGAACUAGUAGCUAGAGAACUCGACUACCAGCCUCUUGCUUUAGCAAGCGCAGCCACCUAUGUGAAGCAACUCCGACAGAGCAAACGUUUCUCAGAGUUUGGAUGGAAUGACUUUCUGAGGAAAGUAGAGAAAGGGCAACGUGAUGCGACAGAGACUCUACUUACAGAGACCAACUCAUGUUACAAGAAAUCGAUGACAACAGCAACAAGACUGGCCAUUAAAGAAGUGAUGCAAUCAGACAGAAUCAUAGAUCAUGCAUUAAGUUUUCUCUGCCUCCUUUCGUCACAACCCUUAAAUGCGGAUAUCUUGGUGAAUUAUAUCGUAAGCGUCGAUGAAGGAAUAAAAGAUGAAGAGAUGAUAACUAUGAAACUCCAAAGAUGUUCGCUAAUUUUAUCGCAUGAAGAUGAGUUCGGUUUCCACAUACGGGUACAUCAGGUUGUGCGCGAUGUCGUAAAGUCUUUGAUUAAGGGCUAUCCGGAAAGCCAUCACAUUAAAACUUUAAAAAGCGCUGUUGCAGUGUUUAACCAGUUUAUAGAUGACAACCUACCGAAGGAAUCGUCAGAUUCAAUUUUGCAAAGCCACGCCCUUGCCCUACAUUUGAAAAAUUUCAUUCUUAGCUUUGAAAACGUACUUUCGAAAGUUGCCCUUCAUCAAAUCACCCAGCCUGAAAUGGAUAAUCUCGGAAAGAUAUGUGAGAACCAUUGUCAUUUUCAGGCCGCAAAGAAAUUCUAUGAAUUUUCAUUGCAAUUUUUCCUCAAACGUUUGGACCUAAGCACACCAGUGUUGCAACUAGUUACAAUAACUUGGGUGUGGUGCACUACAAACAAGGCGACUUUGCGGAGGCCAAGGAGUAUCACGAACUUGCUCUGAGUAUUUACCAGAAAAAGCUAGGACCUGAGAAUGUACAAGUGGCAACUAGUUACAUUAACAUGGGUGUAAUGCACGACAAACUGGGCGACUUUGAGAAGGCCAAGGAGCAUCACGAACUUGCUCUGAGUAUCUACAAGAAAAAGCUAGGACCUGAGAAUGUACAAGUGGCAACUAGUUACAAUAACUUGGGUUCUGUUCACGAACAACUGGGCAACUUUGAAAAGGCCAAGGAGUAUCACGACCUUGCUCUGAGUAUUUACCAGAAAAAGCUAGGACCUGAGAAUGUAGACGUGGCAACUAGUUACUGUAACUUGGGUCUAGUGCACGCCAAACUGGGCGACUUUGCGGAGGCCAAGGAGUAUCACGAACUUGCUCUGAGUAUUUACCAGAAAAAGCUAGGACCUGAGAAUGUACAAGUGGCAACUAGUUACAGUAACUUGGGUGUGGUGCACAACAGACUGGGCGACUUUGAGAAGGCCAAGGAGUAUCACGACCUUGCUCUGAGUAUUUACCAGAAUAAGCUAGGACCUAAAAAUGUGGACGUGGCAACUAGUUACAGCAACUUGGGUCUGGUGCAAGACAGACUGGGCGACUUUGAGAAGGCCAAGGAGUAUCACGAACUUGCUCUGAGUAUUUACCAGAAAAAGCUAGGACCUGAGAAUGUACAAGUAGCAACUAGUUACAAUAACUUGGGUUCUGUUCACGAACAACUGGGCGACUUUGAGAAGGCCAAGGAGUAUCAAGAACUUGCUCUGAGUAUUUACCAGAAAAAGCUAGGAGCUGAGAAUGUACAAGUGGCAACUAGUUACAGUAACUUGGGUCUGGUGCACAACAAACUAGGCGACUUUGAGAAGGCCAAGGAGUAUCACGACCUUGCUCUGAGUAUUACACAGAAAAAGCUAGGACCUUAUAAUAUAGACGUGGCAACUAGUUACAUUAACAUGGGUGUGGUGCACGAUAAACUGGGCGACUUUGAAAAGGCCAAGGAGUAUUACGAACUUGCCCUGAGUAUUAGACAGAAAAAGCUAGGACCUGAGAAUGUAGACGUGGCAACUAGUUACAAUAACUUAGGUUCUGUCCACCAACAACUGGGCGACUUUGAGAAGGCCAACGAGUAUCACGACCUUGCUCUGAGUAUUAGACAGAAAAAGCUAGGACCUGAGAAUGUACAAGUGGCAACUAGUUACAGUAACUUGGGUCUGGUGCACGACAGACUGGGCGACUUUGAGAAGGCCAAGGAGUAUCACGAACUUGCUCUGAGUAUUAAACAGAAAAAGCUAGGACCUGAGAAUGUAGACGUGGCAACUAGUUACAGUAACUUGGGUUCUGUUCACGAACAACUGGGCGACUUUGAGAAAGCCAAAGAGUAUCAAGAACUUGCUCUGAGUAUUUACCAGAAAAAGCUAGGACCUGAGAAUGUACAAGUGGCAACUAGUUACAAUAACUUGGGUCUAGUGCACGACAGACUCGGCGACUUUGAGAAGGCCAAGGAGUAUCACGAACUUGCUCUGAGUAUAACACAGAAAAAGCUAGGACCUGAGAAUGUACAAGUGGCAACUACUUACAUUAACAUGGGUGUAUUGCACAACAAACUGGGCGACUUUCAGAAGGCCAAGGAGUAUCACGAACUUGCUCUGAGUAUUUACCAGAAAAAGCUAGGCCCUGAGAAUGUACAAGUGGCAACUAGUUACAAUAACUUGGGUUCUGUUCAUGAACAACUAAGCGACUUUGAGAAGGCCAAGGAGUAUCACGAACUUGCUCUGAGUAUUACACAGAAAAAGCUAGGACCUGAGAAUGUACAAGUGGCAACUACUUACAUUAACAUGGGUGUGGUGCACAACAGAUUGGGCGACUUUGAGAAGGCCAAGGAGUAUCACGACCUUGCUCUGAGUAUUACACAGAAAAAGCUAGGACCUGAGAAUGUAGACGUGGCAGCUAUUUACAAUAACCUGGGUCUGGUGUACGACAGACUGGGCGACUUUGACAAGGCCAAGGAGUAUCACGAACUUGCUCUGAGUAUUACACAGAAAAAGCUAGGACCUGAAAAUGUACAAGUGGCAACUAGUUACAGUAACUUGGGUUCUGUUCACGAACAACUGGGCGACUUUGAGAAGGCCAAGGAGUAUCAAGAACUUGCUCUGAGUAUUUAUCAGGAAAAGCUAGGACCUGAGAAUGUACAAGUGGCAACUAGUUACAGUAACUUGGGUGUGGUGCACAACAGACUGGGCGACUUUGAGAAGGCCAAGGAGUAUCACGACCAUGCUCUGAGUAUUACACAGAAAAAGCUAGGACCUGAGAAUGUACAAGUGGCAACUAGUUACAGUAACUUGGGUGUGGUGCACAGCAGACUGGGCGACUUUGAGAAGGCCAAGGAGUAUCAAGAACUUGCUCUGAGUAUUAGACAGAAAAAGCUAGGAGCUGAGAAUGUACAAGUGGCAACUAGUUACAAUAACUUGGGUUCUAUUCACGAACAACUGGGCGACUUUGAGAAGGCCAAGGAGUAUCACGACCUUUCUCUGAGUAUUAGACAGAAAAAGCUAGGACCUGAGAAUCUACAAGUGGCAACUAGUUACAAUAACUUGGGUCUGGUGCACUACAAACUGGGCGACUUUGAGAAGGCCAAGGAGUAUCACGACCUUGCUCUGAGAAUUAGACAGAAAAAGCUAGGACCUGAGAAUGUAGACGUGGCAACUACUUACAAUAACUUGGGUUCUAUUCACGAACAACUGGGCGACUUUGAGAGGGCCAAGGAGUAUCAGGAACUUGCUCUGAGUAUUUACCAGAAAAAGCUAGGACCUGAGAAUGUACAAGUGGCAACUAGUUACAGUAACUUGGGUGUGGUGCACAACAGACUGGAUGACUUUGAGAAGGCCAAGGAGUAUCACGACCUUGCUCUGAGUAUUAGAAAGAAAAAGCUAGGACCUGAGAAUGUAGACGUGGCAACUAGUUACAAUGACUUGGGUGUGGUGCACAACAAACUGGGCGACUUUGAGAAGGCCAAGGAGUAUCACGACCUUGCUCUGAGUAUU